UCCGCCAGCUCAUGAAUAUUCAUAGCCUUGGCUGAGUCAAAGCUUUUAGGCGAGUUUGUGUAGAUCUACAGCAUCAUGCUUAGACUUUUCAAAGAGACAAACUCCAUUUUCUUAUGAAUGGAAAGUGAAAAACCCUGUUCCGCUUAAAUUGGGUUCUUUCCUGUCCUGAGAAACACAACAGACCCCAAAAAGGCAAGCUGAAGAGAGAACACACACACAGACCAAGCGACAAGAAAUGACCAUGACUACCAUGCCAGAGAGUCUAAAUAGCCCCGUCUCAGGGAAGGCUGUCUUUAUGGAGUUUGGGCCACCCAGCCAGCAAAUGUCUCCUUCUCCCAUGUCCCACGGACACUAUUCCAUGCACUGUUUACACUCAGCGGGCCACUCUCAGCCUGACAGCUCGUACAGCACAGCUUCGUCCUUCUCCCGACCGCUGGGCUACCCCUAUGUGAACUCGGUCAGCAGCCACUCGACUAACCCCUACAUCAGUUCAGUGCAGUCCUACCCCAACAGCUCCAGCCUGGCUCAGACCCGGUUAGAGGAGACAGGGGCCGAAUCGGAGAAAAGCACUGUGGUAGAAGGAGGGGAAGUUCGCUUUAAUGGGAAAGGGAAAAAAAUCCGCAAACCCAGGACUAUUUAUUCCAGUUUGCAGCUGCAGGCUUUGAACAGGAGGUUCCAGCAAACUCAGUACCUGGCUCUCCCAGAAAGAGCCGAGCUCGCAGCCUCUCUGGGACUCACCCAGACCCAGGUACGGAUGAUGGCAGACGUUGGCUUGCUGGACUUUGGUUCCAGUUGCAUGUGGUAUAGUCAGUCCCCAGUAGCAGAAGACACAGAAGCCAUUAUACUGAAGGUGUAA